AUGAGUUUGAAUAUUUUGGUAUUGGGUAACGGCGGCAGAGAGCACGCCCUGGUGUGGAAAUUGGCGCAGUCGCCAUCUGUGGGUCAAAUAUAUGUGGCCCCAGGUAACGGUGGUACUGCCAAGAUCGGUGGGAAUGUCGUGAAUGUGGGUAAUUUGAGUCCCGUGCCAGAACACUUCGACGCUUUGCAGAAGUUCGCUGUCGAACAUAAGGUUGGCUUGGUGGUGCCAGGCCCUGAGCAGCCGCUAGUAGACGGAAUUUCCGAUGUUUUCGCCAAAGUGGGUAUCUCCGUCUUUGGGCCAUCCGCUAAGGCUGCUCUUUUCGAAGGCUCUAAGACUUUUUCCAAGGACUUCAUGGCCAAGCACCAAAUUCCUACCGCGCGUUACGCCAACUUCAGUGACUACGAAGCUGCCAAGGCUCAUUUGGGUAAAAUCGACUACAGAGUCGUUCUAAAGGCCGACGGUAUUGCUGCGGGUAAGGGUGUGUUGAUCCCCACAACCUUGGAGGAAGCUCAAGACGCGCUCAAGGCAAUGAUGGUCGAAAGACAGUUCGGCGCUGCCGGUGAUUCCGUCGUCAUUGAAGAGUUUUUGGAAGGUGACGAAAUCUCCAUCUUAACCAUUUCCGAUGGCUACUCCUUUUUCAGCCUUCCACCUGCUCAGGACCACAAGAGAGUUGGUGAAAAUGACACCGGCUUGAACACAGGUGGCAUGGGCGCUUACGCCCCAGCGCCUGCUGCUACCCCUGCUCUUUUGAAGCAAAUGGAGGAAGAGGCUAUCAGGCCCACCAUCGAUGGUAUGAGAAAGGAUGGUCGUCCAUUCGUUGGUGUGCUUUUUACCGGCUUUAUUUUGACCAAAACCGGACCCAAGGUGCUAGAGUACAAUGUCAGAUUUGGCGAUCCUGAAACCCAAACUGUCUUGCCCUUGUUGUCGGAGGAAACCGACUUGGCUGAGGUCUUCGUGGCCGCUGCUGAGCACAGACUAGACUCCGUGAACAUCAAAGUAAAGGAAAACUGCUUCUCUACUACCGUUGUCCUUGCUGCUGGCGGCUAUCCUGAGGCCUAUGCCAAGGGCGACUCAAUUGCAAUCGACAGAAGUACGCUACCUCAAGAUGCCUACAUUUUCCACGCGGGUACCAAAGAAGAAAAUGGAACAGUUGUGACGGCUGGUGGUAGAGUUAUUGCAGCCUCUGCUGUCGCAUCGACCCUAAAAGAGGCCGUUGCAAAGGCCUACCAGGGUGUCGAAUGUAUCCAAUUCAAAAACAGGUACUUUAGAAAGGACAUUGCUCAUCGUGCCUUUAAGCUAGCUGAGCAAGUAGAAAAGGGGGUUCAAUCCAUCACUUAUGCCGAGGCUGGUGUGUCAGUUGACAACGGUAACCUCUUGGUUCAAAAGAUCAAGGAAAAGGUCAGAUCUACAAAGAGAGCAGGUACUGAUUCCGAUAUCGGUGGUUUUGGUGGUCUUUUCGACUUGAAAGCUGCGGGUUACAAUACUGAUGAAACUCUACUGGUAGCGGCAACCGAUGGUGUUGGUACUAAGCUAAUGAUUGCUCAAGAGACCGACAUUCAUGACACUGUCGGAAUUGACCUGGUGGCCAUGAACGUCAAUGACUUGGUCGUGCAAGGCGCUGAACCAUUGAUUUUCCUCGACUAUUUCGCCACUGGUGCCUUGGACAUUAAGGUUGCCUCAGACUUCGUCUCCGGUGUUGCUGAUGGCUGUAUCGCAGCUGGCUGCGCUUUGGUAGGCGGUGAGACAUCCGAAAUGCCAGGCAUGUACCCUGUCGGCCACUAUGAUACUAACGGUACCGCUGUGGGUGCCGUAAACAAACGUGAAAUUUUGCCUAAAAUUGAAAGCAUGGCUGCAGGUAACGUCUUGCUGGGUCUUGGUUCCGACGGUCUGCAUUCCAAUGGGUUUUCUUUGGUAAGAAAGAUUAUCGAAACCGUGGGGUUGCAAUGGAGCGACGAAUGUCCUUGGGAUUCGUCAAAGACUGUUGGUGAGGCCACACUGGUUCCAACCAGAAUUUACGUCAAACAACUUCUUCCUUCUAUAAAGGAGAACCUGUUGCUGGGUCUAGCUCACAUCACUGGUGGUGGCUUGAUCGAAAACAUUCCUCGUGCUCUGCCAGGCAACUUACAAGCCCAGGUUGAUAUGAACAACUGGGAAAUACCUGAAGUCUUCAAGUGGUUCGGUACGGCCGGUAACGUUCCUGUGGAUGACAUCUUGAAAACUCUCAACAUGGGUAUUGGAAUGGUUUUGAUUGUAGAGAAACAAAACGUUUCCAGAGUUAAGGAACUGCUAUCACAAGCUAACGAGAAGGUCUAUGAGAUAGGUACCUUGGUUGAGAAACCUGCCGGCGCGCCAGGCUGUGUUGUACAAAACGCAACCAACCUUUACUAG